ACACUCGCCUGAUAUACACAAAAUUGCACAGCCUUUUGGACUAGAAACGCACAAGAUACUAUUUUGCUGUACAUUAAUCUACCAUUUCUCUCUGUAGAAGGAAUUUAGGAGGAAUGUGUGCCUUUGGAGACCAGAGACGAUUAAUAGGCGAAAAUCGAGACUAAAACUUUCUAUUUCAUACUACAAAUGACUACUCACGAGAUAUACAUCUGAUUCAGUCACAAUGUAUCUCUAUUGUCUGACAUUUCUGUUGCACGUGCUGGUAGUGUGUAGGUCAGAUAGACCAGAUAUCGCAAAAUUGGAAAAUGAACAAAAGUUACUCAUCCAAAACUUGAAUCGCAGUAAAGACAUCGAGGCAGAGCUAAAGGAUAACUUGGAUCUCUUGCACAAAAGAGACGAUAACAUUGUAUGUUUGGAGUAUUGUCCACAUUUUAAUGCAGAGCUUGGACUCUUCGUCUACAGUGAUCCCCCCUGAUCAAGAUAAUACUGUAAAGAUAAAGCAUGGAUACACACCCCCAAUUAUUAUUAUGCUUCCUGAAGAUCCAACACCCAGAGAAAAAUGGGAGUAUGCCGUGACCCUCAAGUGUCUGGGUCAGAAUAAUUUUGACGUCUUCACCAACGUACACAACACCCGAAUGGCUAAAAUGAUGGCCAUAAAGGGGAAUACUGUUGAGGAGAUUCAAGAAGAGAUAAAGGAAACGGAAAAGGAGAUUAAAGAUGUACAAUCGGAUUUGGAGUCCGCGAAAAAUGCGGAUGUUGGAGACCAGAAUAGUUUCAAGGGGAAAACAAAGCUCCUUCACAAACAACACAACAUUAGGCUUGUGACAAGGGAGCUUGACAUACUAAAUGUAAAGCUACAGAGGCUGCAAAAGAGAUAUAAAAGUGCCAUUUUGUUUGGGAGACAUGGUAGCAAGGUGACUGAUAAGAAAAGCGAAAGCAAUGACGAUGAAGAUGAAGAAAAAGAAAACGACGAUGAUUACCAAGAAAGAGAAGGUAAUGAUGACGAAGAGGAAGGAGAGGGGGAUGAAGAAGAGUAA